AUACGUCAAAGGACAAAGUGACAUAGUUAUUGUCACACCACCGCGGUCACGAGCAUCCAGGCAAACUUGUCGACCAGGCCACAACCUACCAGGUGAUGCUAGAAUUUUCUAGUACUUAUCACCUUUGCUUCCUCACUCAAGUACAAAGGUACCAACCUGCAACAUUAUCUUGAACACCAACGACAAAUACUGCCCAUCCACAACCUACACAAUCAACUCCCCAUCAUCAAUCACAAUGGCAGGCGAAAACCUCUACCACAUCAAGCGCACGGUCAACGACAUCAAGAACGACCCCACCGGCGCUACCCAAAAGGUCGCCAUCCGCAGUACCUUCACCGACCUCGCCGCUGCGAAAGCCGCCGCUAGGACCGCUCUCAUCGACGAAGGCUACGAGAAAGCCAUGUUCGAAGUCUAUGACGUGAAGGACGGCAGCGGCGAGUGGAAGCACCCGGAUGGCCUCCAGGUCUUCGCCCAAGUCACCGACGGCGAGAACCUCACCGUAGCCAUCGAGACAACGCCGAACGAUGCCAACCUCGAGGGCAAUGCGGACGGAAAAGUCGAGGGCCCUCUAUUCCACAUCCUGCAGACAACUGUCCACUACAAUCUUGAUCGCAGCGGCGGCAAGCGCGAGACAACUAUCGAGGGAACAUACAAGGGACGCGAGGAGGCGGCAAAGAAGGCAGCAAGCACCUUGCUCGAUGAGGACGUGAAGAAGACAGACUUUGCGGAGUACGAUGAGUUCAGCGGACAGAAAGACUGGGCGUACGGCGAGGAUGUGCUCGUGCAUGCAGUGGCGGUGGGUGGUGAGAACUACCUCGUCGCCGUGGUGAAGAGCUAGGCAGGUGGCUGUGGAUAUCCGGACGGGAUGGGCGGAGCCGAUGGGCUAGCUGCGGCAUUGAGGCAGGUUGAUCUUGUCUUUCUUAUGGAGCUGUGGCGUCUGGGAUACUGAGGAGGAGGCUUCGAUGGGUGUUGCUCACUUCAAAACUACAUAAUCAAAACUUCGUACUUGAGAGCCCAAGAGCUAUC